AAAAACCAAAACACAACAAAAUAUGGAAAAUGAGAAAAAGCCACCGAAGCCGACGGAGCAAGAAGCGAGAGAAGUGAAAAACGACGAGAUUCCAAACAUCAAGAGCCCUUACUUGGACUAUGAUAACUUGGAUGAUUUCAAAAUGAAAGCUCACGGAGCCAAAAACCACCAAGAGUCUAAGCCUGGUCUCGGAGGUGGAGCCACCGAUGCUCCCAAUCCUUCAGGCGGAGUUGGCCGCGGGGGAGGAGCUGCAUCGACGGAUCUUUCCUCCACCGGUGCUAUUAACCGUCAGGGAGUACCGUGAUAUAAUCUCUCUAGUGAAAAUGUAGAUUGAUCAAGAAUUGAUCUUAGGUUUGUCUCUUUUUUUAUUAGAAAAAAAAGUAGAAGUGUAUUCCGAACGUAAAGUUGAAUGAUAAAUUUUUCAAA